CUUUUGCAGAAAAUCUAUUUGACAAAUCAGCAAUUGAGCAUAACAAACUUUUCGGUCGGCUGUCGAACCAAUCGCUCGGCACCAGCUCAUAGCAUCCCAAAUCGUAAAAUAGAAAAUGUUUAUAAGAAGAUUGUAGGCCAGCAAUAAUGGAGUUUGUGCUAAAAUCAAUUAUUUAUAUUGGCUUGGUAGCCAUAAGCCAAAGCCACGAUUUAAAGGAUUUCGAAAGUUCUGUUUUGUAUAAUAUCGAGUGGCCUGGUCCGUCUCUAGGGAAGACUUUUGAGGAAUUUGAGAAAGAUGGCUACGAGUCCAUGGUUAUUACGACUGAGGAUAUGGAAACAUACAAGUGCAUGAUUCCACCACCUCCUGCUGAAAAAACUCAAAAGGAGUCUGAUACUACCAAUUUGUCACCGCUGAACGUUCUGAGUCCCAUUUUUUCAUCGAAAAUUUGUUCCUAUCGCUUCGAAAACUACUGGUCAUAUGAGCUGUGCCAUGGCCAUCACAUCAAACAAUAUCAUGAGGAACGCGAUGUAGGCAAAAACGUUAAAAUACAAGAGUACUAUUUGGGUUCGUGGAACGAUGCCAAAAUGAAGGAAUUAGAGGAGCAACUGAGUAAGGAUAUGGAUAGUGGAAAAGCAUUCAAAACCACAAAAAUCGACAACAUCAAGUAUCCUUACUUCGAAAUCGAAAUGAGCGAUGGAACCAGUUGUGAUUUAAUCAACCAGCCCCGAGUGACACGCGUUCGGUAUAUUUGCUAUCCGCAUGGCAAAAAUGAAAUUUUCUCGUUGAAGGAAACAUCUACUUGCAACUACGAAAUGAUCGUCCUUACAUCAGCUCUCUGCAUGCUGCCGGCCUUCCUGCCUGAAACAUCAGUGGAAAGUGAAAUUAGUUGUAUUCCAGUAGACGACACACCGGAGAAGCCAUUGAGUUGGCUCGUCAAUAAAGUGGAAGAUAUUCAAUUGCGCUAUAAACCAGUUCCGGAUGCUGUGAAGGCUAAGGACAGUAUUGCUGUCAUUAAAGUAGACACAAAGGAUGGGACUUUCCGAGUGGACAUCAUCAGCCCAAAACAAGAUGAGAAGCUGUUAAAUCCUGAGGCGAAAGAGGGCGACGAUGAAAUAACACCUGCAUCUGAUUUAAAAAGUAACGAUGGAUCUGCAAAACUACCAACUGCAUUGCCAAAAAUUCGACCCCCACGUGACAUGAAUCCAAUACUUGAAUUUUUAAAAGGAGAGAAUUGUUUAACUGGAGGUUCUGGCUGGUGGCAAUAUGAAUUCUGCUACGGAAAAUACAUUCGCCAAUUCCACGAUAAAACUGAAGAUAAAAAAUCUCAAAUCUUAGGUUACUUCGAGGAAAAGGCACAUCGUCAAUGGUUGAAAGAAAAUCCUCAAAAACGUCCACUACCGAAAAACAUUCGCACCCACGUUACCCACUUUUAUCACGAUGGAACUAUCUGUGACAAAACUGGAGAAAAACGACAAACGGAAGUGAAACUGAAGUGUGGUGGUAUAAAUUCAUUGAGUCCAUCAGCAGUUUCAAUGUUUUUACUUGAACCGGAAAUUUGCAAAUAUGUGCUAACCAUUGAAUCAAAGUUAAUUUGCGAUAUCCUCAAAGCAGUAGACGAUGAUGGCAUGGUUCCUGAUAUGAAUAUGUUGGCUGAGCUCGCAAAGGAGGAGGUGGACAGUAGUAGUUCAAGUGAUGGUACGAUAAUAAAUGGGGAUCGCAAGUCUGGAACAGAGUCUAGAAAUCGAGUUGAAUCAAAGGGCGAUGGAGUGUAUGCUGGAAAUAUAAUAGUAGAGGAUAUUGAAGUCAGAUACGAGAAUGACUAGAAUAAAAACUAAUUGUAUUUAAUAUUAGAUUGUAAUUGUAUUUUACUUUAAAUUUUUUGUUAUCUUAAAUUCCAAUAAAAAAUAUUAGUUUAUAUA